AUGGCUAGACUGUGCCCGAUGCGAAGUCUGCAUCGGCGAGUUCGGCCACGGUGGCUGAGGCGGCGAUGUCGAGGCCGGAUCUGCCUUCUCGGCUUGGCGAUUAGGAGUUCGGAAUAUCGCCUCAGCUGGCCGGGAAACCGUGGAUCAUCUAAGCUCGGCGUUCGAUUUUCAGCUCGGGCUGUGGUCCGGCCGGCGACGAAGUCGGCUUGCGAGGUCGGCCUGACGGCUGCGAUUGUGAUCGGCGGCCGAAUCAGCUCGAAGUCCGAGUUCAGCGUCGGGCUACGGCUCAAAGGUUCGGAUUCCAGGUUGGUGCGCUCGGCCCCGAUGACUGAGACUGGAGGUGCCGAAGUGAUUUUCGGAGAAGACGAAAUCGGGUCGGCCCCAUCGACUGAGACCAAGCCGAAGUCGGGUGAUGCAGCUCAGCGUCUGAUUCCAAGGAUGGUUGACGGUCGGCCGAGCGGUGGUCUGACCGUUGCAAGGUUGGACCAUAGAGUGCCGGUCAGCUUGUUCGGCGGUAAGAGUGCCGGUCCGGGUAGUGAUUUGAGGCAGCUCGGUAACGGUUCGGAGGUUGGACCUGGUCUCAACGGUGGCAGCGUUUGGGUUGGCCGGACUGUGGCAGUGUGCUGGCUUGAUGUUCGAACUGUGGUGUAUAAAGGUGAUAGUGACUUGAACAGUGUUGUACUGACAACAACAGUACCACUAACGUGGCUCAACUGUGGCCAAGUGAGAACCUCAAAAAAAUUUGCUCCCAUUCUUCAUCGUUUUUGCUUCAAUCCUCAGCGAGCUUGGCUCCGUUCAUCACAAGAUUUUGAAAGAAUGAGGGCAUCAAACGAAGCUUCCACCAGCAGUGAGUUGAUGAACACUUUAUUUAGAAGCCGAAACGAGGUGGUCCUUGAUUUAAUUGCUGCUGUAAAAGGACUUCACGAGCUUAGCCCACAGCAACUUACCAAACUUAUCAGGGAUUCUGGAAACAAUAUCGUUCGGCAUAUUGCUGAAGAUGGAUCACACAUACAGGUGGACUUGGAAAAAUUUGCAAGAUAUCUUCCUCUACACCUUAUUGCAGUGAUUAUGGCCUGGGAAAGGGACAAGGCCACAUUCAAGUAUUUGUUAUGUGGAGUUCUUUUGUUACAUUCUAUGUGUGACCUUGCUUCCCGAGUUCCCAAAAUUGAGCAGUGUGUGCUACAGAUAUUGCUUGACGAUGUGAGAGUAUCUGAACAGCUGCUUGACCUGGUUUUUUAUCUGCUAGUUCUCCUUGGUGCAUACAGACAGGAGAAUCAGAAUAUUCCCAAUGAUAUGAUUCUCUUGCAUUCAGCCCUAGUGGCCUGCACUCUAAAACUGCUAAUGGUGAUUGUCUCACCACAGUACCAAGACGUUGCUCAAGUUUUGGCUGCCUAUUACAAAGUUGAUAUAUUUAUGGACUCCACAUUUUCUGCCGUUUGUAUAGAUGUCAAAUAUCUGCAGACAAAGCUUUCUAUUGAACAAACCGAGUCCACUGCUGGUACUACACCCCCUACUGCAGAAGAAACCUUGAAUCAUCUUUGCCAGCAGUGCGACUCCUCUCUUCAUUUUCUGCAGUCUGUAUGUCAACAGAAGUCGUUCCGAGAACGCAUUGUUAAGAAUAAGGAGGUUUGUGGCAAUGGAGGCGUUCUUGUACUGGUUCAUGCCGUCUUGAACCUUAAAAUAUCGCCCUUGUAUCGUACAUCCUCGUAUAUGGUGUCUAUCUCUCGGUUGAAGUCUAAAGCUUUAUCUAUUCUCUUGCACCUAUGUGAAGCAGAAUGUGUCUCCUACUUGGAUGAGGUUGCCGGUAAUCCUAGAAGUCGGAAUCUGGCGAAGUCUGUUGCACUACAGGUUCUUGAAUUGUUAAAGAAGACAUUUGGUAUUGAUUCCAAGCAGUCAACAGUUUCUUCUGAGAUAGUUUAUUCAAAAGGGCAACUGGAACUUAAUGCAAUGCGCCUGACGGAUGUCUUCUCUGAUGAUUCAAAUUUUCGUUCAUUUGUCAUGUUGAACUUUACGGAAACUUUGGCAGCAAUCUUUCUACUCCCACAUGGAGAGUUCUUACCUGGUUGGUGUUCAUCUGAUUUUCCAGCAUGUGAAGAUGAUGGGACUUUGGACGUACCUCGUGCAUCCUAUGCUCAUCAGAGAACAUCCUUACUAAUAAAAAUAAUCGCAAAUCUUCACUGUUUUGUUCCUGAUGUCUGCCAAGAUGAGAAAGAUCACUUCCUAAAUAAGUUCGUGCGGUUCAUUCAGAAGGAAGUUAUCCAACCCUCAGAUGGAUGCUCUUCUUCUUUCAAUACUGAAAGAACUGGAACAGUUUGCAAGAACUUAUGUUCAUUGUUAAGUCAUGCAGAGUCUUUAGAUCCCCGGUUUCUAAACGAAGAAGAUGUGCAGCUCCUAAGGUUAUUUAUCAAUCGGUUUGACUCUUUGGCUGUUACUGCCACAGCUGAAGAUCAUCUUAUACAAGAUGCUCGACAUAGAGGAGCCUGCUCUUCACAAUUACAUAUAGAAGCAACAUCAAACCAAUGCAUUGACAGAGAAACUAAACCAAACGGGCGCCAUAUAAAUUCAAGAGAAAUCGAGAGGGAUGCCCGAGCUUUCGAGACGAGCGGGUCAGAUUCCAGCCCCACACGAGGAAAGAACUCUACCGAGCGUAUGGAUAUCGAUCACUUCAAAGGGAGUAGUUUCGAGGAAGCUAUGGACGAUGAAAAGGCCGACGCCACACAUUCUGACGAGAAGCAGCAAAGGAAACGUAAGCGGACUAUAAUGAACGACAAGCAGAUAGCCCUCAUCGAGUCUGCUCUCGUGGAUGAACCCGAUAUGCACCGUAAUUCGGCCUCUUUGAAAUCGUGGUGCGACAAAUUAAGUCUCCAUGGAGCUGAGGUUACUACUUCAAGACUCAAAAAUUGGCUCAAUAACCGAAAAGCAAAACUCGCACGUGCUGCCAAGGACAUCCGUGCACCGUACGAAGGUGAUUCCCACCUUCUCGAAAGACAAAGCAGCGGGACUGCAAUUCACUCGGAUUCACCCUCGAGCCCAAUCGACGACUCUCAAGCCCAGCCCACUUCAAGAGAGAGUCCCAAAGAGGCCCAACACAACAACCCAUUAUUGACUACUGUUGCCAACGAGGAUUUACGAGCUUCCCGUGCUGCUGCUGCUGCUGCUGCUGAUGAUGGUGCUGGAGAUUUUGUGGGACCCAGUUCGUACUUAGAACCAGGACAGUACGUAAGAAUUUUGGGCGAGAAUGGAGAGGAAAUUGGGAGGGGAAAAGUAUUUCAGGUCUGUGGGAAAUGGUGCGGGAGGAAUUUGGACGAUUCUGGCGUGUGUGUUGUGGAUUUUGUCGAGCUUUUGGUAGAUAGGCUCUCGGAACUCCCGCAUCCUAUGGAGGACACGGGUAACUCGUUCGAUCAAGCCGAAAAACGGCUAGGGUGGGUGAGGGUGUUGUGGGAUUCGAAUAAGCUUUCCCCAGUGCCACCUAGGUGAAUCGAAUUGGGCUACGUUCUGGUGUGAUCGCCAAAAUGCAGCAACUUUUUGAUUGAAGUUGAUUUUGCUUCACGGUUGGAUUGCAACGGGAAAGAAGUCGUUUGGUGAUGAGAUAAAAAUGGCAAUUUAGCAGAUCGUUUGUAAGAGCAGGUGUUUCGUUCCCAAAGGGGAAAAAAAUAUGUGAUUGAGUACCCAAAUUAAGAGCCAUGCUGUAACAUGUCUGGAGUCGAGUUCGUGAUUUCUGUACAAUUUUCGGUUGCUGGCCUGUAUAGAACCAUGCCAAAAUUAGGAUUUAGACGUUUUUUUUUUUUUUUUUU